AGACUCUACCCAUUAUAUCCCUCUGGAUGUGAUCCAUUUUCAUAACUUCAAAUGGGAAGCAUUGCGUGUGCCUCACUCACACCCACCACCACCACCAUCAUCUCGACAGAUCAAACUGCCAGACUCGCUUCACAUUUCUCAAAGCUUUCCUCUUUUCUUCCCUUGUCCAAUAGCUUCGUCUCGAAACGCUCUGCGUCGUUCCUCGGAAAUCCCUCCCACUUCAUCAAGAAACGCUCUUCCAUGGCCACUCCUUCCCAAGUCAACGCUUCCUCCACCAUUGCAAACGAAGGAUUGGAGGCUGCUGCAUCUGGUUUGGUGGAACAGAAUGACCUGCUGAUUGUGGGACCGGGCGUUCUUGGUCGCAUAGUCGCAGAAAAAUGGCGGGAGGAACAUCCAGUUUGUCAAGUAUUUGGGCAAACGGUUACCACUGAUCAUCAUGAUGAACUGAUUAAGAUGGGAAUUAAUCCAUCUUUGAAGGGAACUACUGAGGCACACCGGUUUCCGAAUGUUAUUUUCUGUGCUCCUCCGUCACGAACUUCAGACUAUCCUGGCGAUGUCAGGCUGGCUGCAUUAAAUUGGAAUGGUGAAGGUUCUUUUGUAUUUACAUCAAGCUCUGCACCAUAUGAUUGCAAUGACAAUGGACAGUGUGAUGAGGACACCCCAGUAGUACCUAUAGGGAGGAGCCCUAGGACAGAUGUCCUUCUAAAAGCGGAAAAAGUAGUGCUGGAAUAUGGUGGUUGUGUUCUUAGAUUGGCAGGACUUUACAAAGCAGAUAGAGGUGCACAUGCUUAUUGGUUAGGGAAAGGAACUGUUGAAGCUCGACCAGAUCACAUCCUGAAUCUUAUUCACUACGAGGAUGCAGCUUCCCUUUCAGUUGCAAUCUUAAAGAAGAAAUUUCGUGGCCGGAUUUUUCUGGGUUGUGACAAUCAUCCUUUAUCCAGGCAGGAAGUAAUGGACUUAGUUACUAAAAGUGGAAAAUUCAGCAAAAAAUUUGAGGGCUUCACAGGCACCAGUGAUCCUUUAGGUAAGAGAUUGAACAACUCUAAAACUCGUGAGGAAAUAGGAUGGGAGCCAAAAUACCCUAGCUUCGCCCAUUUUCUCGGCGUAUCCGAGUAAUUACUGCAUCUAUUUUCAUUUUUGGGACUAAACAUUUAAAUGAAAGUUGAAAAGAACUGGCUUUAGGCAAUGCACAGAAGCUGAUGGCAUCUAAAACUUCAGCGAUUGUUGCUUACCAGUUUCAUAGGUACAGAAUAUUGAUCACACGUGCAAACUUAUUAAUGAAAACAAAGAAAAAAAAAAAGAUUAUUCAGGGUAUAUUCAGUCUGAUCAGAAAUACUUGAUUGACUGGAGGCAAGUAGAAUAUCUCUUGUACAAGACAUGAGCUUCAGUGGCUGUUUUGGCAUAUCCAACCAGCGUUUGUAUUGCCACCUUUGGUCUUGGAAAUCUAUGAUUAUAUAGAGAGAAAAUCUCAGCUUUCCUGAAAAUUUUCAUUCUCCAGCCAAUUUAAACCUUUUACAAAGUGCAAAAUGUGAGCACGUCUCCGAGAAAAUGAUAAUCAUCCACAAAUCAGGCAGGGACCCUGAAACUUGCAGUAUUUUGCAACAUAUGGUGAUAAUUUAGUUUAUUAAUCCAAGUUUUCUAAAAUUUAGCUGGCACCGAACCCACCUCAAUUUUACCUUUUUAAGGUCAAAUUCUACUAUUUUCACCAACAGCACGGAAAAAAUUUCUGAAGGGAAUCGUGAAUUUCUCCAAGUAAAAUAUGAAAAUAAAGUAAUGUUUACUGCAUAGUCAUAAAGUCUCUAAUUAUUUUGUAGUUAUUUUGAAAAUGAGUGGGAUUUAUUAAUAAAAAAUUAAUUUUUUUAAUGUAAAUUUUAUAUUUAUUUAAUUUUUUUAAAAUGAUUACGUAGCUUUAGAGUACUCAUGAUUGGAAAUAUAAUUUCUCAUAAAAAUAUGGUCACGAGAUAUGGUGGCCUUCUUGCUGUAUAUCCUUUAAUGUGAUAUAAUAAUCUUCUUUCCCAUAGGUACCAACAAAGACCAACCGAAAUGAUAAUAUAAUUAUAAUUAAAAUAUAAAUUAAAGGACCAAUAAUUCUCGAUCUAACGAAUUUAAAAAAAUAAAUGUUCAACUGCCCAAGUCAACUGGAGCAAAUUGCCAUGCGAUACAUGAUGCACACAUUCACUAUCCAAUAUAUCCUCCUCUUCCCCCUCGCUCGCCAAGAACCAAAAGAAAAACACACUCGACGACAGCAAAGAGUGAGUGGUGUGGGUGAAAAUGGCCAAGUGCUGCAUGGAAUCAGAAGAUGGGGGGUUGGAUCUAACACCCAUCCUUAUAGUGAUUGUCCUAGUUCUUGUUCUCAUGGCUGUCUGCACUCGCCCUAGACGACCGGCCGUUGUUGCUGUAUAUCGUUGCUGGUGAUACAUUCUCCAACUUCUCCCAUCAUUUACUCUUGUUUCUUUUCUUUUGUAUUUACUUUCCUGUAACGGGGCAAUAAAUUCUGUAGCUGCUUUCCAUUCUUUUCCCUUCGGAGACCAGAACUGUCAGGGUGCUAGUGUUUUGAGAGGAUAAGAUUUGUUUCUGAACUGUGUUGUCUCAUCCAACUUUAAUAAAAUGAAUCAACGUUGUGAUUA